AACAACAACAAAUUAUAUCGCUGGCGGUGUCAGUCGUUCGUCGACAUUCAAUCGAGAAAAGUGUAAAAUUCAAGUGAAAUAAAUCACAACAUAUCUCCAAAAACAACCAAUUUUCUAUAUUUUAUGUUCUGCUGAAAUGAAAUAAAACAAAACAAAAAAUUAAUAAACGAGCAAUGAAAUAAAAUAAAGGAAUAAAGAUGUAAUAAAUAUAUUACCAAGACGUGAGUGAAAGAAUAGAAGUAAAGAAGGUGAAGUGCCACUCCUUUGUGUAAAACACGAAUACGCCAGCAGUGGAGACAAAAGUACUAAGUGCAUAAGUGAAGAAAAGUCAGAUAAAUUAAAAAUAUAAGCAAGGACGGAAUGUGGAGUCAGAAAUAAAAGUUUUUUUGAAAAAAAUGCAGUGUGAUUGUACAAAACGAGAAGAGAAGUGAAUUGAAUGCAUCUGAGAAAUUAGUAGAUAAGAAAACAUGUAACUAGUGCAUGUGAAAUUCAUGUGAAUGAAGAAACGAGUUUGUGUAUAAUUGAAACGUAAUUGGUGAUUAAUUAAACUGCAGAAAUAUUUUAAGAACGAAAGAAAUGUGCAUAUAUGAUGAAAGUGGAAUAUAACAUACACAAAGAGAAUUACAUGUGAAAUAAACUAAAAAUUUGGAGUCAAAAGUACGAAAAUAAAACAUAGUCGUGGAGUAGUCGAUAUAAUGCAUUCUAUAUAUUUUCGAGUCUUAAAGACUGAUCGCCACCAUGCAUAUUAUUGAAAAGCUACGUGUGAGUCACGCAUUUUAGUAAGCAACAGCACAGCACUAGAGCUAACAGAGAAGAAAAUUAAGGGUAGCAACAAACAUCAACAAAUUUAGGUGUAUGCUACUAACAAAUUGCGUGUAAAGUAACAAUUUUUUAAUUAAAAUUAUUAAAAGAAAGAAUAAAAUUCAAAAUAUUCUAUUUUAAUCAUACAAAUAUAUUGUCAAAAUGACUAGUUUCACAAGUCUGAAAGGUUGGUUUGGUCGCAAGAAGGAACCUAUCUCAGAAAUUGGUAAUCCAACCAAUUUCCAACGGCAUUAUCAUGUGUCAAGAAAUGAAGAGACAGGGCAUCUUGAAGGUUUGCCUGCGUCCUGGACAAGACUUAUGAACGCACAAAUUACCCGCGAUGAACAGGAUAAAAACCCUGAUGCUGCCUACCAUGCCGUUAAAUAUUAUAACUAUUCCAUUAAGAAAAAGGACAAUGAUGUGUUUAAGCCAUUCAUUACUGAGGAGGCAAUUCACGAGGAAUCAAAAGAAAUUGAUAACUAUGUGAAUUACAAAAAUAAACACAAAUCACAUGAUCCAGAUAAAUCCGAUGAUGAUGAGUUAUAUGGAGGAGGAAGCUCUACUGGUGAAAGUGGUGCAUCGUCCAGUGGAAAUAGCAAUAGUAGUAGUUUCAAUGACAAUCAACAAGCCAUCCGUAUGACUGGAUUGAAUCAAGUGAUCAAAGAACUUGAGUCAAAUUUAUUAGCGCAACGCGAAACAUUGAAACCAAUUUCAUCAUUUACUGGUGACGACCGUCCUCCAUUGCCUGCCAAAAAAUUGCAAACCUUACCCCCUAAACCAGUUUUGAAACCAAAGCCCAGAGCGGUAACUCAACAGCUUUCGCGCGGAGUCUCUGAUCUUACUACUAUCAAUGCAGAAGAACCUUUGAACAAGAUCAACACAAAUACGAUUAUCCUCAAUCCUGUGGCUCCAACAGAUGCUGAUACUGAACCAGCUGAGGAGUCUAUUUUGCGUAGAUCAAAAGAUAAACGUGCACAGAAGACAGACGCUGAAGUUUAUGAAGAACUUCGAGCUAUUUGCAAUAUGGACGACCCUCGCGAACGCUAUCACACUACGCAAGAGGUGGGUAAGGGAGCUUCUGGCAUUGUAUUCAUUGCAGGCGAUUUGCAAACCGAGGCGCAAGUUGCAGUUAAGACCAUUGAUCUUAAAAAUCAGUCCUCAAAAGAUCUCAUUCUUACUGAGAUACGUGUAUUGAAGGACUUCAAUCAUAAAAAUUUAGUAAAUUUCCUGGAUGCAUAUCUACUUGAACCAGAAGAUCAGUUAUGGGUAAUAAUGGAAUAUAUGGAUGGUGGUCCACUAACUGACGUUGUCACGGAGACUGUUAUGAAGGAAAGACAGAUCGCGUGUGUUUGCCGUGAAGUUCUUUAUGCAAUAAGUUUUCUACAUUCCAAAGGUAUCAUUCAUCGUGAUAUUAAGUCGGAUAACGUGUUAUUAGGUAUGGAUGGUUCGGUAAAGGUGACUGAUUUCGGUUUCUGCGCAAAUAUUGAAGGUGAUGAAAAACGUCAAACUAUGGUCGGCACACCAUAUUGGAUGGCUCCCGAAGUCGUUACACGUAAGAAGUAUGGAAAGAAAGUAGAUAUCUGGUCAAUUGGUAUUAUGGCAAUAGAAAUGAUUGAAGGUCAACCACCAUAUCUUUAUGAGACACCGCUUCGUGCGCUCUAUCUUAUUGCGGCUAAUGGCAGACCUGACAUUAAGAGCUGGGAUAAACUGAGUCCCAGUUUACAAGACUUUCUUGAUUGUUGCUUGCAAGUGGAGGUCGACAAACGUGCAACAGCUGAUGAAUUGCUACGGCAUCCGUUCCUUGACGAUUGCAGUGAAGUUAAAGCAUUGGUGCCGAACAUAAAAGCAGCCAAGAAAGUGCUGCGACGUAUGGUGUAAAGUCGCAUGUGAAGGGGUGGGAAGAUUAAAACAACCAUUGUCUAUAUAAAAGAACUGAUCAUGUGGGAUAGAUUGACGUGCAAUUGAAAUAUUGCAUUAGUGCAGUUGUAUUCAUGAGCUGUGCAAGAACGUUGUGUAUUUUAGUUGCCUAUUUAUAUACUACAUAGCUAUAAGUAUGUAUAAGAAAGGCCUUCGAUUGGAUAUGAGGAAUAUUGAGUACGAAAACACUUUUAAGAUCUGCCACAAAGUCUUAAUACUAAGUCAAUAAGUGUGACAGAAGGGUGAAGGCGAAUGCUGAAUGGAAUAUAGAGGGAUAGGCGAAGUGUAUAGCUGUUGACAGAAAAAUGCUCUAGAAAACAUGAAUAGCGCAACAGAAAUUUUAUGGAUUUUGGUGCAUUAAAUGAAGUGUGCGAGAACAUCGCUGGUCGAACAGUAUUGCAGUCGAAAGAUAAUUAGACGAUAAUUUUGAGUGCACCACCGGCAAUUUACAUGAAAUGCAACAUCCGGAGUUUGCUGAGCCUAACUAUAGCAUCAACAAAAAAUAACAACGUUACAACUACUACUAUUAUUAAUACUACAGCAACUACUACUACUACAAUUAAAUAGUAAUCAUUAUGAGAAAUAUCAGCAAAGUCUGACUUCCAUAUUUUUUAUUAAACACAUCGACACACACGCACAUCAACAAAUAGUAGUAAUAGAGUAAUUCUAAUUAUCGCAAAAAUAAUGAAAACGAAGAUAAUUACUAUGUAUGUAGUUCUAUAACAAAUAAUCAUUACAAACGAAACUAUAAAACACGCGCAACUUUUUCAAUAGCAAAGAGCAAAGACUAUAGUCUGGUCUGAGAUUCUUACAGUGGUUGUACUCCAUCAGCUGAUCAACUCAAUUCGUAUGUAAAAGAGCAUAGUUUAGAAGCAGAAAGUUAAAACAUGCAAACAAAAUAAUUUAUUCCUCUUUUCCAUUGUUUCAAGAAUAUUGCUUCGUUACUUUAAUCAACAAUGCCAAUAAUUUUGCACUUUACACCUAAGUGAAAGUGAGAGCUGAGUAACUAAAAAAAUUAUAAUUUAAUAAAAAUUAGUCACAUUUCAAUACAUAAGCAAAUAUGUAUAUAAAUACUUGCGAAAAAAGAAAAUAUAUAUACACACAUAGUAUAUACGAACGAUUAGCGAUAUUUUCAUUGCCAAAAUUUAUUGUUAUUAUACUUCAUUUUAAUUAUAUAAAAACUUGUAUGUAUAUUUACACUAAUAUUGUUUUAAUAUACUUAGUUAUAUUUAUAUACAUAUGUAUGUAUUUUGUUUGAUAUGUAACUAUAUUAGUUUUUAAGUUAAUUUUUGCGAUUAUUUUUAUGUUUUAAAUAUUUAUUUUGAUUCUACAAACUGCAAUUGUACUUUUAUUGUAACUUGCAAACGCGUUAAUUUUCAUAAAAAUAGUACAUACAUACAUACAUUUACCGAUAUGUUACGUUAAACAAUUGAGCGUAAUACAAAACGUAAAUACUUAUAAUCAAUUACUAUCAAUGUGAUUUAAGCGAUUUUAUCAAAGCUAUCUAAUGUCUUAAAAACUACGUUAAAUGCAGAAAAAAGUUGUUCUAUGCGAUGUUGUUGUAGGUUCUCAAAUGCAAAAACUAAACUAAAUGAGACAUUUUUACGCAUUAAGUACUGCAAAUAUGAAUUAAAAAUUAAACAUAUUAAAAAUAAAGAUUGUAUUUCAAACUAAAAGAAUGAGACAUCAAUUAAAUAUACAUAAACACAUACUACGUAGGAAUAGCAAUUAAAGUAAUAAAUAAAAAUAAAUAUGUGGGCAUUAGGACGUGUAUGAAUGGGCCAAAUAUUGUUACAACGCGCAUUUAUAAUUUAGUCUUUACAUUGUGCAAGUUGUAAUGCCUGAUAAUUGAUUUUUGCUGUCUUUGAACCAUAUAAACUAAUUGAAAUAAAUAAAUAUACAUACACGUAAGUCUUCUAUAAUUUUUUUUAUAUACUGUUGUAAGCUAAAGUGCCAUUAGGACUAAAUUGUUUAGAAAAAAUCGAAAUUUUAUUAUUGUUGUUAACAAUAGUGUCCAGCAAUAAGUUCACAAUUUGUAUUUAACUUAGCUAAGUAAAGCGAAAUUUCGUAAAAAUUCCUUAAAAACGCAUUAUUGUAAUUCGUAGUUUCAAAUCCAUAGAUUCCGCCUGCAUUUACAUAACGAAGAACACAUUUGUAUUAUAGAGAACAUUAUCGACCGACAUUUUUUACACAACAAAUUUUAGUUUUAAAGACAGGCAAUUUAAAUACAUAUACACAAUAAUUACAUAUGUACAAAUUUUAAAAGGUUAUUUUUUUCAUUGAUUGUAAUAUUAAAACAAUACGUAUUAUACAAGCUUGCUUGUAGGUUAAAAAGCUUGAUUUAGCACAGCUGAAAUGUUUAAAAAUUCUAAAAUUUAAUCUUAAGCCAGUAAAUUGGAACACUUAACACCAUUAUAUCGCAAAGUGUCGCUGCAUAGAAAUAAAUUUCAAAUAAUUUUUUUUUUUUCAUUUGUAGUGCGGAUUUAAACACAUUUUUCGAAGUUAAAAGGACAAAUUAGUAAUUGUAAUGUAUUUCUGCUAUGCAAGCGCUUGCCAGUCGACACCGAUACACUUUGUACUGCUGAAAAUUAAUUAAUUUGAAACAUAAUAAUAUAGUGGCACACCAAAAAAAUUUAUAAUCGCCACGUAUACUUCUUGAAUUUUUCAAAGCAAAACAUGAGUACCAUAUUUUGCGCUUUUCCUGCUAUUGCACGAUCUCACAGAGAAUAAGCAUGCAAUAAAUAUUAUUCCAAAUCACAAUUAGUAUCAAUUUAAAUAUUAAAAUUAGUUAUUUUCACGCUUCUGUGAUUGUUACAGUAAACUAUUUAAAGGAUUUGAGUAAUUUAGCAACAAUUUAAUAUUUUUGAACAGCAGCGUCACUAACAAAAUUAUAAAACGCACAAUUUAACAGUAAUUGGUAACUAAAUGCAUUUCUUUUACUGAUAUAUACAUAUAAACUUAUUAUAUAAAUACAUAUGUAGCUUCAUUGUAGCUAAUUAUUGAAUUCGGGAAUAUAGUUUUUUUUUUGCGAACACCCUCUGAAGUUACAGUUUUUGACCUAAAAAAAAGUAUUUUACAAAAACACAAUCUUUUUUUCUGUUUAAACGGCGUCUAAAUCAAUUAAAUUUUCCAUUAGGGUUUUCACAAGUCUCAUAAAGUUAUAAGUUAUAACGAUUCGAAAACAUAGCAUUGAGAAUUGUAAAUGUGUAAACUCAUUUUUGUAUGAAAUCCAACAACAAUUUUUUUAAACAAUUGUAAAAAUUUAAAAUUUUACGAUUUUUCGAUGCUUUACGACGGGUUGUGAGUACCCCACAUAUAUUUUAUAAGAGAUUUUUGGAUCUUUUGCAUUAAGUUUUUUAUCUCUAAAGCAAAUAAAAUUGAAACUUUGAAAAAUUUAUAUUCUAAUACAAAAUUUUCGCUUUACAAAAAAGGUCUUAAUAAAAAUAUGCCUUUAACGGGUAUACGCUGAUAAAGUUAUGCAGCAAAUGUACUGUAUUCAAAAGGUACACCAUUUCGUAUGAGCAACACCCAAUGAUGCAUAAUUUUAACUGCGCAGAAUUUUUAAAGUGAAGUUUUUAUGAAGAUUUUUUUUAGAGUGAAACAUUUUGUAUUAACAUAUAAUUACUUGGUUAAUGCAAAAUAUUAUUAUAAUAUCUCAAGUUAUAUACUUGGCAAAAGAAAUGUGUUUUAGGCACGUUAUACGUUGGGCAAAAACUGAAGAUUCAGGUGGCAUUUGCAAAAAACAUUCAUCUUGGGAAAUAAUGAAUACCUUAAUGUGCUUAUUACAAAGGAGUUGGAUUUGUAUAUUUUUUAUUUCCCUCCAAACAACCUUUACAAAUUCUGUUAUAAGAUUUUAUUGCACGAAAAGUUUUGUUGGUUAAAGAUUUUGAAAAAGAGGUUAAACUAUUUUGCUUUUCCUUUAUUUAUAUUAUUUUUUUGUAAAUCACUACAGUAGCUAAGAAACUGUUUUUGCACUGCACUAAAGCUUUUUUUGAAGUAUUCACUUAACAUUUCUAAACCCUAACUUUUAAUAAAUUUCCGAAAUUUAUUUCGUUUUACAAUUUUAGUUGACUCUCUUGCAAGCUAGAAUCACACUUAGCAUAUAUCUUAUGAACCCAAAGUAUACCUAAUUCAAUUAUAACCUUCUAUUUAUUCCACUUUUGCUAUGUUGUGUACAUAGUUACAUACUUACAUAAAUAUAUGAACACUCCAUAUAAAAGAAUAUUGUUUUUUGUGAACUCCCAAUUGAGGGAAAAAUCAAAUCAACGCAUAAGCAACGAUAUUAAUACCAUUUCUUUAUAUGCAUAUAUACAUAAAGAUACAUAGUUUUAACAGUAGCAUAGUAAUCCCACAAUUAUGCAAUAAAUGAUAAAGAAAACCAAUAAUUUUACAGUAUUUAAAUGUUUAAUGUAACAGAGAAUUAAGUAAAGCAAAAAUUUUAUACAAACAAAAAAUAAGAAGAAGUGAAAAUCGUAAUCGAAAAAAUUGUAAGCAAAGCAUUCGGAGCGUCAACCCAAAAAUUCGCAUUUAUGUACUGUAUGCAUGGGUUUAUUAGAAAUAUUUGAUAUGCAACGUGUUGGCGACAAGCGAAGUGAAAUGCCGACACAAUAUCCGUGUAUUAAUAAUAAUUAAAAUCGGUUUUUUAUUAUUAUUAUCGUAAUGUAGGUACUGUAUAUUGUAUGUAUUAUUAUCAAUUUUUGAUAAGAACACAUUUUUGAUAGAAAACUUUUCUGUAGUGUGCAAAUUUUAUCGCCAAAAAUAAGUAAUAAAUAAAAUAUUAAUAAAAUUAUAUAAAUUUAAAAAUAAA